CCUGCCUGGCCGAUCCGACGGGGCUUCCAGGCGCAGCGAUGUUGGAUGCCUCGGAGGCGACGGGCCACUCCCGGCAGCUGCUGCUCCAGCUCAACGCGCAGCGCACCAAGGGCUUCCUUUGCGACGUGAUCCUGGUGGUGCAGAACGCGCUCUUCCGCGCGCACAAGAACGUGCUGGCGGCCAGCAGCGCCUACCUCAAGGCCCUGGUGGUGCACGACAACCUCAUCAACCUGGACCAGGAGAUGGUCAGCCCGUCCGUCUUCCGCGCCGUCCUGGACUUCAUCUACACCGGCCGCCUGGGCCCCGGCGCCGAGGGCGAGGCUGAGCCGGCUGGCGGCGCAAACGCCGAGCCCGCCUUGGGGGCCAUCCUGGCCGCCGCCAGCUACCUGCAGAUCCCGGACCUGGUGGCUCUGUGCAAGAGGAAGCUGAAGCGCUCCGGCAAAUACUACCAGCUGCGUGGCGGCGGCGGCGGCGGCGGCGGGAGCUAUUCGGCCUCCGCGCCCUUCGGAAAGCUGGCCAGGGGCCUCCGCGCAGCCACGCCGGUUAUCCAGAGUUGCUUCGGGGCUCCGCCGCGGCCGGUGGAGCCGAGCAAUCCGCUCAGCACCCACUGCGGGGAACUGUACGCCGCCGCCGCCGCCGCCCACCCACACGUGCUGUGCCCCUCGCUCUGCGGCCUGGACCUCUCCAAGAAGAGCCCGAACGGACCCUCCCCACAGCUGCCCCCGCAGCCCCCGUCCGAGAGCCGCCUUCGAGCCGCGGUGGAGAGCCGCGAGGGCGUCCUGCCGCCCCGGCCCGGGAGCCCGGCCUUGCUGCCUCCCCACGAGCCCUUCGGGGACCCGGGCUCCACGGCCCCUCUCCAGGCCGCCUUCCCCCACCUGCAUCACCGCGGCAGUGGCGACAGCAGCCCCGGGACUGAGCCGAGCGCUCGCGUCGAAAUGGCGCCCGAAUUCCUGUACCGCUGGAUGAAGCACGAGCCGCUGGUGGCCGGUUACGUCCUGGAGGAGGAGGAAGAGGAGGAGGAGGAGGAGGAGGGCGAUUUUGGCGGCGCCCGACGGGAGCUGGGCAGCGGCGGCGGCGGCGGCGAGCGAGAACUGGAGCCUCAGGCCUCGUCGCCGCCCGGGCCGCCGCAGCCGGCCCCGCGCCACUACUUGGAGAGCGCGGAGCCCGACGGGGAGGCGGAGGACCUGGAGCCCGACAAGAGCACCAGCGAGGAAACGGGCUGCAGCAGCGGCGGCCCUUCUCCCGCGGGGGGCAGCCUGGAGCGCUACCUGGGCUACGAGCCCGAGAGCUUCGGGGGCGACAACCUCUACGUGUGCAUCCCCUGCGGGAAGGGCUUCCCGUCCUCCGAGCAGCUGAACGCGCACGUGGAGGCCCACAACGAGGAGGACGAGCUCUACCGCAAGGAGGCGGCGGCCGAGGCGGCGGGGGCGGCCGUCCAAGGCUCGCCCUACCUGGACAAGGCGCCCCCCCCUCUGCCCGCCGCCCCGCCGCCCCCGCCGCCCGCGGGGGGCCCGCCCGGCUGCGACCUGCUGCGCCCCUACCGCUGCGCCUCCUGCGACAAGGCCUACAAGGACCCGGCCACGCUGCGCCAGCACGAGAAGACGCACUGGCUGACGCGGCCCUACCCGUGCUCCAUCUGCGGGAAGAAGUUCACGCAGCGCGGCACCAUGACCCGCCACAUGCGCAGCCACCUGGGCCUGAAGCCCUUCGCCUGCGACGCCUGCGGGAUGCGCUUCACCCGCCAGUACCGCCUGACGGAGCACAUGCGCAUCCACUCGGGCGAGAAGCCCUACGAGUGCCAGGUGUGCGGCGGGAAAUUCGCCCAGCAGCGCAACCUGCUCAGCCACAUGAAGAUGCACGCCGCCGCCGCCGCCGCAGCCGCCGCCGCCGCCGGCCCCGACGGGAAGCUGAAGCUGGACUUCCCCGAGGGGGUGCUGGCCAUGGCGCGGUUGGCGCAGCCGCCGCCGGCGGACAAGGAGCUCUUCCAGCACACCUCGCACUUCUUGGCCGCCGCCGCCGCUGCCGCCGCCGCCGCCGGCGACCCCAAGGCCGCCCUGGAGAGCCUCUACCUGGGGCUCAGCCCCGACAAAACGGCCGAGGUCUUGGCCCAGGGCGCCGUGGUGGCCGCCACGCACCACCUGCACAACGACCACCACGCUCGGACCAUUGGCCGCUUCUCGCCCCCCUGACGCGCCUCGCCCCGGGCCCGGGAGGCGCCCUUGUGGACCGGGGGAGCGACUGGCCCCCGGCCCCCGAGCGCC